AAUCACGUGAAGUGGCACAAUAGUGAGUGUUUCCUGUCCACUCAUCACUACCCACAAACUAUAUCUCUCGUAUAUAUUUCAUGCCCUUCUAUAUAGUCUUUCCCUUUUAUCAAUACAAGAGCCAACUUUUGCUCCUUGCAAAAGAUUAAGACAAAGAUGGCUCUUUGUCUCCCAAUAAAUUCUCCUUCUUUCUCUCCCCUCCAUCUCAAAAUUUUCCCUUUACCCUUCUGAUCACCUCUCAGAUAUCUUUAUAUAUCUAUAUAUGUAUAUAUUCAUCAUCUCUCUCCCUUUUCCUCUCUCAUGCAUGUUCAUUAAUCAAACCUCAUAGUACCACUACACGUUGCCUCUCUGCUGUCUUUCUCAAGCUCUAGUCUUUUGAGAGAGGAGAUGGAGCUUUAGCUAGCCUAAAUUUACAUGUGUCAUUCUCAGAGCUCUCUUUGCUCUCUAGGUUAUAAUUCUGGUGCAAUUUACCUUAAAAAUAAUCAUGUUUCCCUCAAUCUCCAUUAACAAUGACAUUAACAAUACUGACCUAUUCUCUUAUGAAAUUGACCAGUCAAUUCUCUUAAAGCCUUUUCUCAGUGAAAUCAGCAUCCCCAAUUCCAAGCAAUUAGAUGACCCUCUUCUUUCUUUCUUCCAGCUCCCUUCCCCUUUUAUUCACUACUUUGAUUUUGAACUCCAAGACCCAGAACCCAAUUUUCUUCAACCAAGUCAUUCUAACCAUGAUGAGAUUUUACUUAACCAGCAGCAACAACAUGGGCAAUCCGGCUUAAUAAUGAUGGCUGAUCAUACUGCAUCAGAAACUGUCUCAAACAUGGCUGAUUCCAGCAAAAAUACUCAUCACUCCUUCAACAAUGGAAGCUUCUCAGCUUCCAAGGAUUGCAGAACCGAGAGCACGAAGCAGGUGAUCAGUACUCCAGACAGGAAGAGAUCGUGCAAGCGAGACCGGCACAGCAAGAUCAACACAGCUAAAGGGCCUAGAGAUCGAAGAAUGAGACUUUCCCUUGAAGUUGCUAAAGAGUUCUUUGGCCUCCAAGACAUGUUGGGCUACGAAAAAGCAAGUAAAACAGUUGAAUGGCUGCUAAUUCAGGCAAGAACCGAGAUCAAGAAACUAGUGAAAAGCUUUCCUGGAAGGACUAAUUACAGCUGCAGUACUGGUGCAUCUUCCACUUCUGAGUGUGAAGUAAUCUCCGGGAUCCUAAACUCAGGCACCCACAAAAGAAACAAGGCGAAAGAGACUGAUAUUAGUCUCUUGGCGAAAGAGAAGAAGAUUAAACAAUUGCGGAAACGUGCCUUUUGCCCUCUUGCGAAGGAUCUGAGGGCGAAGGCGAGGGAAAGAGCAAGGGCAAGGACAAGGGAGAAGUUUUGGAAUCGAAAAUUGGACGAAGAAUCGAAGCUUCGUGGUGAAGAUCAGGCCAAAGAGAAUUAUAUGAAUAACCAGUUAGCAGCAGCAGGUUCUUUGAGUGACCAUUUUGAGGUUGCAGGUGAUCAAGAAUCUGGUACUCAAAGACAUAGCAAUGUGAAUCUUUCUCCGAAGAUGAUAGUGCCUGAAGUUGAAGAAGAAAUUAUUAACCCUCAAAAGGGUCAUUUAGGGAUUCAAGAAGCUGCCAUGGUUGAUGAAUCUUUGGUGAUCAUGGACAAAUACUGGAGUCCAUCUUCCAUCGAUCUCAAUUAUCUGCACCACAAUGGAAUUUCCCAAGAGCAUCAAAUUGGAGAUUUUCAAUUCUUUGGCAAAUCAUGGGAGAACUAUGACAGUCAAAAUCUGUAUGUUAAUUAGUACAUAUAUAUAUGGUAAUUAUUCUCUUAUAACAUAAAUAUAUGUACUCCUUGUAUAUGCCAAGUGGAUAUAUAUAAACAUUUAUGGCUAUAUAUAUAGGAGAAUGUUUUCUUAGUACUCUUGGAGUGUAACGUAUGUAUAUGUCAAUUGUGGAAGAUUCUUCUUGCUCUUUUUCUCAAUAAUUAAUUGUGU